CCCGUAUUGCGGUCGUCGUCAUCUUCCUCAUUCCUCAAGCUAAAUUCUUCUUCUUCUUCUGGUCUAGAACCUAACUUUCCCAAUUCCUUCCUCUGCCUUUCUUUGUGCAUCUGAUCGUUGACCCUAAAUUAAGAACUGAUUUUCUUGGGGUUUCGGGAGUAAAGAUGUGGGCGGCUUCAUGCCUUGCGUCAUGCUGUGCCGGUUGCGCCUGCGAAGCCUGCCGGACGGUGGUGUCCGGAAUCAGCCGGAAAUCUGCUCGGAUUGCUUAUUGCGGUCUCUUUGCCCUCUCCCUGAUCGUCUCUUGGAUUCUUAGAGAGGUUGCCGCCCCUCUAAUGGAGAAAAUACCUUGUACGUUGUUUCUUACUGUUCUCCAUAGUCUUGUUAUUGUUUCUUUCAUUGUUAAAUUUUCUAAAUUUUACACUUUUUUAGCUUAUAAUCUCAUAUUGUUAUCUUUUAUUGGUUUAUAUUUUUAUCAAGUAUGCUUAAGCUAGGUUCAUAAAACUCUGGGAGUAAAGAAUUCUUAUAUAAGAGGGAGUUAUGUAGUGGGAAAAGCCGAAAAGGGGUGAAGAUGUGAAAUUCUUCAAUAAGGAUAAAGAUGACUACUUCUUGUCAAAUAAUUUGGAUAGAGUUACAUUAUUUUGUGCCCACUUCCCCUCUUAAUGAAAAGUAUGUUGCAUUACGCGGAUUUCACUCACUGAUAUUGUUUGUGAGAUAAAAUUCUUCUCUUAUGGAAGAAAUAACAUUUGUUGAUUACUAUGGUUUGUAAGCGGUGUUGCUGAGUUUGUGUCUAAGGGUAAUAGAAAAGGAUAUACUCCUUUUGUUAGACUGAGUAGUUGGCUGGAAAUGCAACUAUUAGCCUAGUUAACUUGCACCGUGUCACUGUCAACCAUUUUGUGUAGCUUAGAAAGGCACAAAGUGAAGCUUAUGCUGUGCAUUCUUUAUUACUCUAUUGCUGGGAUUCAGUCUUGGUAAUGUUUAUCUAUUUGGCCAUCUUUUCCAGGGAUCAACCACUUUCACCAAACACCAAAUAGAGAGUGGUUUGAAACUGAUGCAGUGCUGCGAGUUAGCUUAGGGAACUUCUUAUUUUUCACAAUUCUUUCUGUCAUGAUGAUCGGUGUUAAAAAUCAGCGUGAUCCUCGUGAUAGUGUACAUCAUGGCGGUUGGAUGAUGAAAGUCAUCUGUUGGUUUGUUCUUGUAAUAUUGAUGUUUUUUGUUCCGAACGAGCUCAUCAGUUUCUAUGAGGCAACAUCAAAGUUUGGUUCAGGGCUCUUCCUACUCGUUCAAGUUGUGCUUUUGUUGGAUUUUGUUCAUGGAUGGAAUGACAAAUGGGUUGGUUAUGAUGAGCAAUUCUGGUACAUGGCUUUGCUCGUGGUUUCUCUCGUAUGUUACAUAGCAACAUUUGCCUUCUCUGGGCUUCUCUUCUAUUUGUUCACUGCCUCUGGACACGACUGUGGGCUCAACACUUUCUUUAUUGUGAUAACUCUUGUAGCUGUCUUUGCAUUUGCUGUCGUCACAUUGCAUCCUGCUGUAAAUGGGAGCAUUCUACCUGCUUCUGUCAUAUCAUUGUACUGCAUGUACCUCUGCUACAGUGGACUUGCCAGUGAGCCAAGGGAUUAUGAAUGCAAUGGUCUUCACAAACACUCAAAAGCUGUUUCUACUGGAACACUCACCAUUGGGCUUCUUACAACUGUUCUUUCUGUGGUGUACUCUGCUGUUCGGGCUGGAUCAUCUACAACCUUGCUCUCCCCACCAAGCUCGCCCCGUGCAGGUGCGGGGAAGCCACUGCUGCCAUUGGACAAGGCGGAUCAUGAGGAAGAGCAGGACAAGGAAAAGCCAGUCUCAUAUUCGUACUCUUUCUUCCACUUGAUCUUUUCCCUUGCCAGCAUGUAUUCCGCCAUGCUACUUACUGGAUGGUCAACUUCGGUGGGAGAGAGCGGGAAGUUGGUGGAUGUUGGGUGGCCAUCUGUUUGGGUGAGAAUUGUCACAGGCUGGGCAACUGCUGCUUUGUUCAUGUGGUCGUUGGUUGCACCUAUUCUCUUCCCAGACCGCGAGUUCUAGGAACCAUAAUUGUUGAACUGUGAUAUCUUACUUUUCAUGUGUAAAAAUGUGUGUUGUGAGUCUUGUGAUUGUGUCUGUGACUUGUGAAGAGUCCAACCUUUGUAUUUGCACUUUGCAGUUGUCAGUUGUAACUGCAAAAUGACACUCAAAUAAUGCAUUAAUGUGUGGAAAUUUCGGUGCUGCUGCAAUCUCCCAAUAGGGAGUAUUGUUUUGGAUUUUCGUUGAUUUCUUCUUCGCUCUUUGUUGAGCUUCCCUUCAACAAUUGCUUACCUAAUGGAAUGGGAAUCAAAUUCAUUUUGACCUAUUUAUUGAAAGGUUUAAUAUUUACCAGA